UGGGAUUCUGCUUUUCUUUGAAGCGAAGCGGGGGGAAAACAUAAACGGCAACGCUGAUUCUAUAAAUGUCGGAUUUCAUUUUGUGUCGGCCUACCGAGAAGUGACGGCGGCGGCGGGGGCGAGAGGGACGGCACGAGACGAGACGGGGUCCGCGAGGAGGGUGCAUACACAAAAUACUUUCCCUUUAAAGCAGAGAGGGACAGAGGGGGUGAAGAAGAGAUAAAAAAAAAAAAAAAAAAGAAAAGGAAGAAAGACAGAGAGGGAGGGAGGGCGAGAGGGAGUGAGAGGGAGUGAGAGAGGGAGAGAGAAUUUGAAAAAAAGAGAAAGAUGUCAUCCUGUCGAUUGAAACACCGAGGCGGAGCCAUGGACCGCAGCCGACCAGGAGCUCUUUAGUUAGGGGGACGUUCCGUACGCAACACCGAGGCUGAGGAGCCCGACGCUGCGGCCUUUUUUUUUUUUUUGGGGGAGCUAUCGCAAAUAAAUGACUCUUGAGCAGCUGCUGACUAUGAUUAGCACGUUUCGACAACUCAUCUCCUGUAAAGAAAUAAUUUAUAUUUUGCAUGCAGUUCCUGAAAUUUUGUUACAGUAGACAUAAGCAAAUGAUAUUAAAAUGCACCAUUAAAGCAAGCAUGAUACCAACCAUUUUGUCGCAUUUACAAAAUCAUCUUGUCAGUGCCUGUGUAUUGCCAACAGAUUACCACGAAAAAUUCACAAGUCUUAGCAACCUAAUCACCAUUUAGGACUGUGGAUUUAGGCUACCUAUCGUCCGAUGUGAUCAUACAUUUCCAUGGAUUAACCCGGGCAGGUAGAGAGGAGCUGCGAUACAGGCCUCGGGUUGUUUUCAUAGCAGCAGUUGGAGCAUUUCUUGUUGGGCUCCGUUGCCCCCUUUCCCUCCCCUCUUUGAUCCCAGGCUGGUUAGCGUCUAGUCCCCUAAAAGGGUUCAGGAUGGACACCUCCUGGAGUAAUUUCCUCUUUCAGACGCAGACGACUCAGAGCCAGCCUGAGACACCGCUUCAGUCCGAGCUGCUGCCUGAGCUGACCGGCGCCACUCAGAGUCCUCCGGCAGAGCACAUCGUGACACCGCCGUCCACCGUCGACACUGCUGCCCUGAGCGAGGAGCCUUUACCUGUCAAACCUCUCACCAAGCCGAGUCGGCCGGCCCACAUAUGCGCCACCUGCAACAAGGAGUUCAAGAACAGCUACAACCUGCGGCGGCAUCAGUCGGUGCACACGGGCAUCAAGAUGAAGGACAGAGUCGCCCGGGAGAAGGAGGAAGGAGGGAAGGUGGUGCGGGUGGAGAAGCAGACCAUCCCUCUCUCCCUCCUCCAGCUCACUUUGCCCCCGCAGCCUACCUCUCUCCCUCCUCCUCCUCCCCCCACCUCCAUUGCCCCGGACAGCCUUUCCCAGCCUGGUCAGCACGCCAACCAAGAGAGCCAGCCAAUUUCUGUGUCCAUUGCCCCGGCAACCGUAACCAUGGCUGUGGCGCCUCAACCCAUCCAGGCAGCUGUUGUUGUUGUUGGCUCCAUGGAGCAGGUGAACCCAAACCCCAAUCCCAGUCCCAACACCAACCAGGUGAGGAAGAACCAUGCCUGCGAGGCCUGCGGGAAGGCCUUCAGAGACGUCUACCACCUCAACCGUCAUCGCCUGUCACACUCGGACGAGAAGCCGUACUCCUGCCCAAUCUGCCAGCAGCGCUUCAAGAGGAAAGACCGGAUGAGCUAUCACGUGCGCUCACACCAAGGCGGCGUGGAGAAACCGUACAUCUGUCCUCACUGCGCCAAGGCCUUCUCCAGACCAGACCACCUCAACAGCCACGUUCGACAAGUGCACUCUACAGAGAGACCGUUCAAGUGCACGACAUGCACGUCGGCGUUUGCCACGCGAGAUCGUCUCCGCGCCCACCUGAUCCGGCACGAGGAGAAGGUGCCGUGUCACAUCUGUGGGAAGCUGCUGUCUGCUGCGUACAUCACCGAUCACAUGAGGGUCCACAACCAGUCGCAGCACCACCAGUGCCACCUGUGCAACCGCAGCUUCACCACCCUCACUUAUCUGCGUGUCCAUGCUCAGAAGCACCAUGGUCAGGAGUGGAAGGAGAGUGGCGGGGCGCGGGGUAGCUUCGGUGGGACCGGACCUGGCGGGGUGCUGCACUGUCAACUGUGUGGGGUGCAGUGCAAGACAGCCACACAGCUCCAGGGUCACAUGGGCACUCACGCCAACCAGGGUGACCCCAAUCCUGACCCAACGAGCACAGGCCCAGUGGGAACCACUAGUGUGGCUGUUACUGUGUCCAGUGCUAGCACAGUGGGACUGCUGGUAACUGACUGCUCCAGUAUUGCCCCCCAGCCCCACAGCUAGCACGCUGGGGGGGUUGGGGGUGGGGGGGGGGGGAUGGGGCGGGUAAUGGGUAUGGUGGCAGAGGAUUUGGUUAAAGAAGGACUCGUGGAGGAGAGAACUGAGAGACAGUUUCCAGUCCAGACUGCCAGAAGUGAACAAUAGAGCGUCAGAAGCUGUCAAGGACGUUGUCUUUCCUACUCAGCCUGGCUCACGGGUUUUCAUGAGGCCUUUCUGGACCUUUUCGCUUGUUUUUUUUGUGAAGCCCAGCUCCAUCAGCAGUGUGAAACAGCUUACCAACUCUGAACACUGACAGACUGUUAAAUGAAGGCGACGUGUUGCAUACUCUACAAUGUCCUGCAAGUCAGAUGCCUGGAGAAGAGACUGUGGACAACACUAAUAGGAAACCUCUGCUCAUUAAAAUAGGGAAGAAAGAUAUAGUGUGUAUUUUUUAUUAAUAUGGCUUAGCAAUUACCUAUCUCUAUUUGCCAUGUCAUUGUUUUGAUUUUGUCUUACUUGCACAGCCUGUCAUGAUUUUGUAAAGCUGUUGCUGUUUUUUGAUCAUUUAUACUCCAUAUCAAUGUUUGUUUAUGACGGGGACCGAAGCACCUGGACUAUGUAACAUGAUUAAUCUCAGCACACCCCCCCCCCCUCAUAAUUUACAACAAAACAGUCUCCAGUUUGCCUUUUUUUGAGAUUAUUCGGAGGGGGGAAAGCAUUCUCACACAGCAUGGGAUGUUUUAAGAUGGGCCAUCAUGUAAAUACGUUUCAGCAGCUGAUAAAGGCAAACUAAUAAUUAUUUGUGUAUAUCCCCAUGAACAUUGAAUGUGCAUAACUUUCUCUGCUCUCAUGUGAUCUUUGCUCUUAACUCUGGAUGCUGAUUUGUAAUUCUUUAAAAA